AUGUGGUUAAUUGUCAAUAGGCGCCAAAGAGGAGGAAACCCAAGCCAAGGUCACAGUGAAGCUUAUGAAGAAGGCUGGUAUCUGGCUAAGGAUGAUUAUACCAGCCUGAAUAUCAACGCGAGUAGGAAUACCAGUCCUGACUACACAGAUGGCGUCAAGGAAGCUAUGAACCUUUUUCAGAAGGAGAACGUCGAUGCAUAUCCGUCUGACACAGAAGCAUAUGGCCAUGACCAUCCUAUUAUCAAGAAAGUUUCUUACACGUUCGAGCAAGGGUUCUGGGACGGACUGUCCGACUUAUUAAUCGACACGACCAAUUCCGCGGCAGCAGACCCCAGUUAUACUAAUAGUACCGGGCCUUGCGGCUGGCAGCCCUAUUCCGAAGCCGCAUGGAUUGCUAGCAACGGAUCCGAAUGGGUGAGAAACGAGAUUAAUGAUUGGGAACAAUCACAAUCUUCGAGCAAACUGGAUUUCAUACCUUCUGUCAGACGAAAAUACAUGCCCGACGCAGCCUUUUCUAAGACAACGUCCAACGACAAGGUUGAGGGGAUUCUUAAAGCGAACGGGGAUUUGCAGCUUCUGAUGAAUGCUAUCUUCGCAGGCGUUGCUCUCCCAGCGGUUGGUACCAGUUAUACUGCGGGCCUGGUUGCACUAAUUACUGAGGGUGGUGCUAAACUUCUGAAAGUGAGGCAGGUAACUACGAACAUCAACAGGGCUAAUAAAAUUAUGGGUGGGAUGGGUUCAAUUGUCGCGGCAGGCACAGGCAUCAGAUCAGCCUUGAUGAACGGGGUCUCGCUCUAUUUCGAACCCACACCAGACACAGCUUCUGAAAUUAGCAAUACCAUUGAUAAGUUUCUAGAGGGAUUAGCUCUGAAUUGGGCUUGGCGGAGAGAACAGGUCUACAUUGUCGCUGCACCGACACAGGACUGCGAGAUCCGCAUGCAAAAGGGGAAAAGCCGCAUCGUAAUGCCUCCUCCUGGAUUUGAUCAUCUGCUGCACGGCAAUGUUACGAAAGAGGAUGUCGUGCGCGAGUCCUACUGGCAUUAUGAGCACAUGGCUUUCUACAAUCCCGCCCACGGAAAUAGGACAAAAAAUGCGAUGACGAAUUGGGCCGACCAGGCAGCCCACGCUUUGGACGAAUCAAUAGUCGGGAUUUCGGCCGGUUACAUGUUCAACAUCCCUGUCGCAUUUUCAUAUUUCGGACAGAUCUUUGUCGAGGACAACGGCAAAAGAAACAAUUUCCCUUGCAGAACUGGCAUGCUUGACAUCCGGCAAAAAUUCAAGGGGCCACCAGUCAACGAGAUAAAUCCUGAGGAAAGCAAUCCUUUCAUCCAAGCGACGGGUAUUUUCGAGCAUAAGGAUUUCUGGAAAGACUGUAAAAAGAAACUAAAUUACAGAGAAGCCCCUUUCAAGAGGCCUGGGGAAUUCGUCAGGCAGCCCGAUGCGAAAUCAUUUGAGGGUGCUGGCGAGUUCCAAUACUGCGAUGCAAAAAAACCUGAGCCUAGUGGCGUUAUGAAACAUCUAGGAAUGAUCAUCGGUGCUGUCUUUGGGGUUGGAGCCUUCUUCACUGGCACGCUGAUCGACGAAUAUAGAGACUGGGAAAAAAAGUUCCCGACACAAGACGAACUUGGUCCAGAUCAUUGAAGUUUUCCUCGCUCCAACGGGUAUAUGAGUCUGGAUCGGAUGGAGUGGCCUGCAGGCAGGAAGAGGUUUUCGGCCUGCAGGCAAGAGGAGGGUUUUCGUAUUAGUCUUUGCUUUCUUCCUUUCUCUUUUUUGUCAAUCGCGUCCUCUUCGAAACGCAGGUUUCAAAAGUCAAGUCGUAACAGUUGGGAUGGCACUUCAUAUCCCGACUAGGCGAAGGGCGAAAGGUGGGACCGUUAAUUUGAAAAGGAAAGAGAAAUGCUUGUUUUCUUUGGUAGAGUAACUUACCUAGUAAUAAUGAAAAUUU